AUGGGUGCCUUAAUGAGCUCGAAGCGAGCCUACAAUUGGUUCAUCUCGCUUGUGGCGGCAGCAUGCAUGGUGCUAUACGGUUACGAUGCCUCCGUAUUCAACUCAGUCCAGGGCUCGAAGAACUGGAUGGCCUAUUUCAACGAGCCUAACUCGGCUACAAUCGGUUCUAUUAACACAGCCUACACAGUCGGUGCUAUCUUCGGAGGUUUCUUCCUGGGUGGUCCCACCGCUGAUUACUUUGGCCGGAAAGUAGGAAUGGGAGCCGGUUGCGUUCUCGUCAUCAUCGCUACUUUCAUGCAGACCUUUGGGCCUCGCCACAACCUCGCUUGCUUCCUUGCUGGACGCUGCAUCAUUGGUAUUGGCCAGGGUGUUGCUUUGACCUCGGGUCCGAUUUACAUCGGUGAACUGGCACCGGCCGAGAUUCGUGGAAAGAUCAUGACCUUCUGGCAGAUGUUCUACUCUGUUGGAUCAUUCAUCUGCUUCUGGAUCAACUUUGCCUGCACCAAGAAUGUUCCGAAACUGGGCGAAUGGGACUGGAAGCUGGUAGUCAUCUUCCAGCUUAUGGUGCCUGUUAUCAUCCUUGCUCUUCUUCCGACUAUCCCCGGUAGUCCUCGUUGGUUCAUCCAACGUGGAAACAACAUCGAGAAAGCCCGCGCCGCCCUCCGCCGAGUCCGUGACACCGAAGAGGAAGUGGAGGACGAACUCCUGCACAUCCGCGAAGCUAUCGAGUAUGAGAAGGAAGCCAUCUCCGGCAACUACAGUGCCUUGUGGAAGGACAAGUCCCUGCGCAAGCGCAUGAUUCUUGCACUUAUCCUCAACGCCGGUCAGCAAAUCACUGGCCAGGGCUCGCUCAACUCGUACUCGACCAAGAUCUACCAGAAGGUUUUCACCAGCGACAGCCAGAUUGCGCUCAUCAACGCGCUUAAUGCCACAUUUGGUAUCCUGUUUACACUGAACGCGGUGUGGAUCAUCGAUCGCUUUGGACGGAAGUUCCUCCUGAUUGUCGGUGGUAUUGGCAUGGGUAUUUGCAUGGUGAUUGUUGCUAGCGUCGAAACACAAACACCGGUCUUAGAGGGAGGAGCCAAGUCCGAGCCUGUUGGAAUCUCAAUCGUUUUCCUCUUGUUCUUAUUCAUCUUCUUCUACAAACCAUCAUGGGGAGCCACCGUCUGGAUCUGGACAUCGGAAAUCUUCUCCAUGAACGUCCGCGCCCAGGCCGUGGGCAUGGCGUCGCAGACCCAGAACGUCGCCAACACCAUCUUCCAGCAGUUCUUCCCCAUCUUCCUGGACAACUGUGGCUUUUACGCUUUCUACAUGUUCGCCGGCAUCAACUUCCUGCUGGCGGUCUUUGUCUUCUUCUGGAUUCCCGAGACUAAGAAGGUUACUCUUGAGGAAAUCGAUGCGCUGUUCGGUGGCGCUAACCACGUUGUCCAAGGCGAGGAAGUUCUCGCCCAGCACAAGGGCAUCCAGCCCCGUGAGACUACAGAGAAGCCUGGGUCUGUGACCGUUGAGAAUGUUGCGACUCGAUGA